AUGGCCCGUCUCGAUCGGACGCGUCUUUGGAGUAUGGAUCCCACUCGAAAUAUCACUCCCAGUUACUAUGGAGGCCAAGAGCUACGGCAUAAAAGGUUACCCCCCUUGUCUGAGAUUGGCCCAGCACCAACUAAACCGGCCAAACCACUACAUUUGAAACUCUUGCUCAAAAAGUUUCAGGAUAUGGUUUUCCUGUCUGGUAGAGAUUACUCGAUCCCGACUACCGUAUACGGUCCGAACAUCUACACCACGCUGAAAGGUAAUCCAGCCGUCAUUUUGCAUUGUACGUGUAUUAUGAAAGAGAAAGAAAAUAUUGCCAUCGGAGAACUUAACGAAGACGUAUCCACCAUUGUUGAACCACCCAUGAUGAUAAGGAAUCGUAGAGGAUUGACUCUUCGAAAAGAGGAAGGACAUCUUGCCAUGGAAGAAAUUUACGAUGACGUAUCCACCACUGUUGAACCCCCCAUGAUAAAAAGGAAUCGUAGAGAAUUGACUCCUGGAAAAGAUGAAAACAGCAAAGAUGCCACAGCUUCUAAAAUCGUAACCAGUAAUGGAGCAUCACUGAGUGUAAAAGGCGUUACCUUGACAUUUCCUCCUGGAGCUGUGGAAGAUCCUAUCACCAUCCAACUUACUUUGGAGGAACCUUACAGGUACUGUUACCUAUUUUCUCGUUGUGGUCUCCAGAACGAUUUGAUAUUUGUUGCUCCUAUUGUCAACUGUCAACCUAAUGGCCAGAAAUUCAAAAACCAUAUCACUGUGGAGGUCACAUUGAACGGCAAAAGAGCGAAUUCACAUGGUGAUCUCCUCGUCUUACAUGGAACUCGGACCGGUCAAAGCCAAAAGCCAAAUUGGGAGGACAUCACUGAUAAGUCCAAAUUUGAUUUUGAAACGAAGGAACUAAAAGUUAAGGAACUAAAAGUUAAGGUCAGUCAUUUUUCAUUGAUUGCUGUUCUGGCGAGGUUAACAUGGGUACGCACUAAAGAAAUUGUGACCCGACUGAACCUCAUGCCCUUCAACUACAAGUUGUCUGUCCUCCUCAAGAGUAAUCGGCAACAAUACCCCUUUGACGAGCUUGCCCUUGCGUUCAUGAGCCAAGACACGUACCAGGAGGAGUACUACAGAGAUCAUGAUGAUUAUGCCAUAAUGCGGCUCAAAAAAGAUGGAUUCGAAGAACUUUCUAUGGACUGUAGAAAUUCACAGGAAAAUAAUUGCAUUUACAACAAGGAAAUCUUAACAAUCUCAAUUCAACUCGGGGAGGAUUACAAACCGGCAAAUAACCAGCAAGAAUGCUUUAAAGUUGUGGUGGAUUCUACUGCUUGGUGGAAUGCUGGACAUGUGAUCAAAUUACCUUUACAAGUUUCUAACGCGAAUUCCAAAAUUUUUUAUGGAAAGAUCCUUGUGAAAGGCGAAUAUGGGCACGUUCGCGAGAACAAGUUUUGCCAACAAGAUCUGUGUGGCUACGUGAGACACGUUCUUGCUGUGAAGAGGGCAAUUUUCGACGUUAAGUCCGUAGCUCAAAAGCUCGAAUUACCCGUUGAAACUCAACAACAAGUUGUUGCAUGUUGGCAAGGAGAGGAAGAACAACUGGAACUUGCAAUACAACACUGGAGGGAAAAGCAUGGGGAUGCAGCAAAUCCGAACAAUCUAAAAAAAGCCCUUGAGGAGCUAGAACCUGAAGAAUUUAAGGUGAAAGAGAGAGGGCAAAUGCACAUUGAACACUUGAGAGACCUGGCAUUUAAAAUCGCAGGUUUAAGACAUCAGGAUUCUGACCUUAUGAAAUAUUUUGGUCGCGAAGUAGAGAUGCUUUGUGGCGCAGUUUUGAGAGACUGCUGUAUUGAGAACGCAACCUCCAAAGGAGAGGUGGAAUCAGCAACUCAAACGGAGAAUUUUGCCUCUGUUCUUGUGAUGAAAAAGCGACUACCCGAGAGCGUUGGAAAGAUGUGCACGCGUAUGUUCUCAUCUCAAGAGGAUGAAUUCAUUACAAGCAGUUUCCUAUGCAUUGUUUCUGAGUUCAUCCAAGCCAUUAAAGAAAUCUUCCGAGAGGAAAAAAUUCAACGAACACCGAGUGGAUUAAGGGGAGUAACAGAGGAAGCAACUCUCCAAAAUGUUACUUCAGUCAUUCAAGGUGCUGCUCAUGAUAAGAAUAUUUUCAAACUUCUGAGUGAGGUGUGCUACAUUCUCGAGAUUCUGUGUCGAAACAACAACAACGAUGACCGACAAGAAGAAUCGCGGAUUCAAAGAUGGGGUAGUGGUGUUAUGAUGGGUGACAUGUUGGAAUUUCUGGAAAGGUUCUUUCAAAGCACUGAAGCACGUAGAUUAUACAAAAGAUUGGAUUUGUUUUCCGUCUCUUUGAGAGACAUCAUAAAAAACCCUACAGAUUUUGAGGGAAGCUUCUUGCGUGAUUUCCAUAAUGUUGCAGUAAGUUUGCUGAAGUUCGCCAAGUUUGAUCCAUCACACCUUGUGCAAUUUGAACUAAAGGACCCAACUAACUCGAUCAACAACCAGACAAGAGAUGACAUAAAGUACGAUAUGUCGAAAGAAAUAUAUUCUCAGCUCUUUUGGAUGAUCAAAGAGAGCGAGGAAAUAUUGCAACUUGAGGCCACUGCGCAUGUUCACAUUGGAGGACAUCUUCUUACAAUUGGAGCAUUCGAAGCUAUGAUCGUCCUUCCCGAGUCAAGUAGUGAGGUUGUUGAAAAUGCUCCCAUUACUUCUUUUCCAGUCUCAUUCAAAAGUGAAACUGACGGAGACUCAGGCAACCUUCAAGUUACUCUAUAUUCUACGCAGAAAGACGACAUCAGCAAGGCUCUGGAAUAUUUGCAGAUCUUCUCAGAACAAACAGAAAUUAAGGAAACCAGCCUCAAACUUGUGAACGUCGCCAGAGCAGGGACAGACGUCAGACUACGUUUGAUUCACAGAUGGGGAUCAGGGACCAUAGAAGUUGAAAGCAAUAGUAUUGAGCCUCAGCCGCUUGGAUAUUCAUCUCCCGAAUCUCAACAAAAUUUGGAAAUAACAGAUGAGUCUGAUCAACCAGCGGUGAGGGAAUCGUCACUUUUAUUAGGAACAAGCGAUAGCUUUGCGGAUAACCACAACAGUGGCAGCAACUUCAUGACUGGCUCAUCAAGUGCUGAACUGAUUCCUUUCCCGCCGUCGACAACAAUGCCAACGGUAAUAAACGUUAAUAACUAUUUUAAUCACACUGUCAACAUGGAGGGUCACGUUUGUGUGGCUGGAGACAACCCAAGUCUAAACGUUCAAGCAUCUUCAUCUGCAGUACAGCGUUUUCUAGAGGCUGGACCGGGUGCUGCCACAAACAGAAGUAUAACUGAAGGGGCUAAUGAAGACUCAUGAAGUGAAUCGAUAGCCUUGGAAAGAAAUAUAUAUUGCUGAGUUCUGAUAGGGAGUUCUCUUUAUCUAGAAAUAUAGAUUAAACCCUUUAUUACGGUCGAGAAAAAUAGCGACCAAUUCAAUUUUCUCGUCUUAGAAAAGUAGAUGAAAUAUUAAAGGUGAUUUUAUAGACAUGGCUAGUAUAUACAUCUGUUUUCAAUUUGAAAAUAUAAGUUUAUAUAUAGACCUUUUCUUUUCUCGCUAAAAGGUGAUGGACGAUGCACCUAUAUUUCACAUCGAAGGAGCAAUACCUUUUUUGUUAUUGCUCGAUGGUGAAACAAAGACUUUGGAAAUUUUGGCCGCAGCUAUGGCACUUUCCUUUUGAAAAAUUGUCCCCAUAAUCACUAUUUAUUCUGUCGACACCUUUUUUAAUGAAAAAGAAAAGGUGUAUAUAUUUCAUAUAUAUUUU